UGUUCGCUUAUCCAGUCAAUUGUGAACAGCGAUAGUGGAGGUGGCAGCUCUCUCGUAAUCUCCAAUUGUAUUUUUUUUGUCUCUGCUUUCUGUUCAGAUUCAGAACCUUCAAAGCAGUACUGGUUACUUGAAGGAUGAAACGAUAGUAUACUGAAGCUGCUCCCUCAUUCGGUCACUAUAUGUCUUUGUGCAGAGCCUGAUUUGGGCUUUUAAAAAGAGACCUUUACAUUAUUUUUUUCAGUUAUCCACUCGGUUGGAAAGUGUAAAUGUGUAAAUGGCUGGAGCACAGCCUGGGGUUCAUGCGCUGCAGCUCAAACCUGUAUGCGUCUCUGAAAGCCUGAAGAAAGGCAACAAAUUUAUGAAAUGGGAUGAUGACUCCACCGUCGCAACUGCUGUUACUCUUAAAGUGGACCCACAUGGAUUCUUCCUGUACUGGACAGAUCAGAACAAGGAAACCGACAUUUUGGAUAUCGUCAAUAUCAAGGAUGCAAGAAAUGGGAAAUCUGUGAAAACGCCAAAGGAUGCAAAGCUCAGAGAAUUGCUGGAAGUGAAUCUGGGGGGGCGGCUGGAAAACAAAAUGCUCACUGUGGUCUACGGCCCUGACUUGGUUAAUAUCAACUACCUAAACUUCAUGGCAUUUCAGGAGGACAUUGCAAAGGAGUGGGCAGAUGAGCUAUUCGCUCUGGCAACAAACCUGUUGGCACAGAACAUGUUCAGAGAAGCCUCUCUAGAAAAAGUAUACACAAAACUUAAAUUGCAGCUUAAUCCAGAAGGACGAAUUCCAUUAAAAAAUAUCUUUCGGAUGUUUUCAGCAGACAGAAAGCGAGUUGAAACAGCAUUAGAGUCCUGUGGCCUUCCUUCUGGCAGGAAUGAUUCCAUUCCUCAAGAUGAUUUCACACCUGAAGUAUAUCAAGUAUUUCUAAACAAUAUAUGCCCUCGGACAGAAAUUGACAACAUUUUUUCUGAAAUUGGAGCCAAGAGCAAGCCUUACCUUUCAAUUGAUCAGAUGACAGAAUUCAUAAACACAAAGCAGCGGGACCCGCGACUGAAUGAAAUACUCUACCCACCCCUCAAGCAGGAACAAGUUCAUCAGCUCAUAGAGAAAUAUGAACCAAAUAUCAACUUUACAAAAAAAGGGCAGAUAUCACAAGAAGGAUUCAUGCGAUAUUUGAGUGGAGAAGAAAAUGGAGUUAUUCCUCCUGAAAAACUGGACCGAAGUGAGGACAUGACACUGCCAUUAUCUCACUACUUUAUCAACUCCUCACACAACACCUACCUCUCAGCUGGGCAGCUGGCUGGUAACUCCUCAGUGGAGAUGUAUCGACAAGUGCUCUUGUCAGGCUGUCGUUGUGUGGAGCUGGAUUGCUGGAAAGGACGGACUGCGGAAGAGGAGCCAGUCAUUACUCAUGGAUUCACCAUGACAAGUGAAAUAUCUUUUAAGGAAGUAAUUGAGGCUAUUUCUGAGUGUGCAUUCAAGACUUCCCCAUAUCCAGUUAUCCUGUCUUUUGAAAACCAUGUGGAUUCACCCAAGCAACAAGCCAAGAUGGCAGAGUACUGCAGAGGGAUAUUUGGUGACGCAUUGCUUACAGAGCCAUUAGAAAAAUAUCCUCUUGAAGCUGGCACCCCCUUACCAAGCCCCCAUGAACUGAUUGGUAAAAUUCUUAUCAAAAACAAAAAGAAAUCACAUAAAUCCUCUGAUGGAAGUACUAAAAAGAAACUCUCAGAACAAGCCUCAAACACAUGCAGUGACACAUCGAGUGUAUGCGAGCCAUCAUCUCCAAGUGCAGGUUCCACAAACCCUGAAAUUCCUGAUGUUCAGCCGUCAGUACAAGAUGGAAAUGACCCCAAACUUCAGGGGAGAAAAUCUAUAGCGGAGGUAGAAGCAGAAAGUGAAGAGGAUGAUGAUGACGAUGAUGACUGUAAGAAAUCCUCCAUGGAUGAAGGAACAGCUGGGAGUGAAGCCUUUGCCACUGAAGAAAUGUCUAAUCUUGUUAACUACAUACAGCCAGUAAAGUUUGAGUGCUUCGAGACAUCCAAAAAAGUUAACAAAAGUUUUGCAAUGUCAUCAUUUGUGGAAACAAAAGCUCUAGAGCAGCUUACAAAAUCACCUGUGGAAUUUGUGGAGUAUAACAAAUUACAGCUGAGCCGCAUCUAUCCCAAGGGAACCAGAGUUGAUUCCUCAAACUACAUGCCUCAAGUUUUCUGGAAUGCUGGUUGUCAAUUGGUAGCUCUUAACUUCCAGACAUUAGACCUAUCUAUGCAGUUAAAUUUGGGGAUGUAUGAAUACAAUGGGAAGUGUGGAUAUCGACUGAAACCAGAGUUUAUGAGACGCCCAGAUAAGCACUUUGACCCCUUCGCAGAGUCGACUGUGGAUGGAAUAGUAGCUAAUACUCUUUCAGUUAAGAUCAUUUCUGGCCAGUUUUUGUCAGAUAAAAAAGUUGGCACUUACGUUGAAAUAGAUAUGUAUGGAUUACCUGUCGAUACGAGACGGAAAGCUUUUAAAACAAAGACUUCCCAAGGAAAUGCUAUUAACCCAGUCUGGGAGGAAGAACCCAUAGUUUUUAAGAAGGUUGUUUUGCCUACCUUGGCAUCCCUAAGGAUAGCAGUCUUUGAAGAAGGUGGUAAAUUUAUAGGCCAUCGGAUAAUACCAGUUUCAGCUAUUCGACCAGGUUACCACUACAUCAGCCUUAGGAAUGAAAAGAAUCAGUCUCUGGUGUUGCCAACUGUUUUUGUGUUUAUAGAAGUUAAAGAUUAUGUUCCAGACACCUUUGCAGAUGUGAUUGAGGCGUUGUCUAACCCCAUAAGAUAUGUAAACCUAAUGGAACAAAGAGCCAAACAACUGGCUGCAUUGACACUGGAGGAUGAAGAAGAAGUAAAGAAAGAGAUCGAACCUGGGGAUAUGCCUUCAGAGUCCAUUAGUGAUCCCAAGCCAGCACCAGCAGAAAAUGGCGUAAAUCAUGAACCCUGUAUAGCACCGAAACCUCCGUCUCAGAUCGCCCACCCCCCGCCUCCCACUGGCUCAGUGAAAUCUGCAGUAAAAACAGAAGAUAUCAUACAGAGUGUCUUAUCUGAGGCAGAAGCACAGACUAUUGAAGAGCUGAAGCAACAAAAGGCAUUUGUAAGAGAGCAGAGAAAGCACUACAAAGAAAUGAAGGAGCUGGUAAAGAAACACCACAAGAAAACAACAGAUUUGAUUAAGGAGCACACUGCCAAAUACAAUGAGUAUCAGAGCGAGUAUUUACGGAGAAGGGCUCUGCUGCAAAAAUCUGCAAAAAGAGACGGUAAGAAAAGGGGUACGUCAUCCAGUCCUGAACACAAUUCUACAUCUAUUGAGCAAGACCUGUCUGCCCUGGAUCUAGAAAUUACCCAGAAAUUAUCAGAGCUGAAAGAACAGCAGCAGCAGAAGCUGCUGAACCUCAGACAAGAACAGUAUUAUAGUGAGAAAUACCAGAAAAAAGAACACGUUAAACAGCUUGUUGAGAAACUGACCACAGUGACAGAGGAGAGUCAAAACAACCAGUUAAAGAAAAUAAAAGAACUUUGUGAAAAAGAAAAGAAAGACUUAAAGAAGAAAAUGGACAAGAAGAGGCAAGAGAAGAUCAAUGAAGCCAAAUCUAAAGAUAAGAAUCUAACAGAAGAGGAAAAGCUUGAAAUCAACAGAUCCUACGUCAAUGAAGUGGUGCAAUAUAUUAAACGGUUAGAGGAAGCUCAGAGCAAAAGACAAGAAAAACUCCUUGAAAAACAUAAGGAUGUUCGUCAGCAAAUCCUGGAUGAAAAAUCUAAGCUGCAGAAUGAGCUUGAUCAGGAGUACCAAGAUAAGUUUAAGAGACUUCCCGUGGAAAUCCAGGAGUUUGUACAAGAAGCCAUGAAAGGAAAAUUCACUGAAGAAGGAGCACACAGCACUUCCCCUUCCUCCUCGGUGUCAGAAAGUGGAAAACCUAACCACAAGCCUCUACAGUCCGAGGAUGAUUUAGAUGAUGAAAAUCCAGAUAAAGUGUUUGAUACUCCACUUUAGGCAGCUCUGAUGGGCUUUAGAUUUAUUCCUUUGGGUCAGUCACACACACCCAGCCCAUACAGAGCAAGGGCUUGUAUUGGUCAACCUCUAAAUGCAGGAAACUACAUUUCUUGAAUUGUUUCUUGGAAAAGAAGCUUUCGUGCUAUGGUCUGUUGUGAUUAUAACUUAUUAUUAUGGUUCACAGUGCCAGUGUUUUGGACCUAAACACAUAUUAACCAUUUUUCUUUUUUUGUACUUAUUACAUAGGUAAUCAUAUACAACACCCGUAAUGUUUAAUGGUGUUCUAAGGGUGAAUCAAGGUUUAUUGUAAGUGAUAAUUUUCUUAAAGUGCCAGGCAAAGUAAACUAAACUUACAGAUCAUACACUGCAUAUACAAGCAUGGAUAUGAAGCCCUUCUUUAGUUAUAUUUAACACAAUUUACCAGAAGCAUCUCCACUGUAUGCACUGAUCUAAUGGAGAUUAUUUGCUUUUGUCUGCAAGCACAGGUGACUUGCUGUUAUAAUUGUGUUCAAUACAUAGAGAUAGGGACAUUUGUUGCUGCUGAAAUGUUUCUUGUUAUUUGCUUUAUACAAUAUUUAAGAGACUUAGACAUGUUUUAUUUUAUUAUUCUUUAACAAAAUCGUUCUUUAGGAAAACACAUUUUGCAUUGUCAUGCCAGUAAUCUGUUGAACUGUGGACAGUUUGGUUCAGUUAAUGAAAAUAUGUUACAGGGAUGCAUUGUGGUAUACUUAUGUGUUACUGUACACUUGUAAAGGUUUUAUAUAGUGUGGAUACUGUGAUGUUACAUUAAUAUAUGGGGAAAUGUAUUUUAGUUUGUUACAUAAAACUUUAUGAAUACUUGAUUUUGAAACAGAAAUCACAUGUUGUAUGACUACUUCAAUUUUUCUUGCACAAUUUUCUCAUUUUGCAUUGGAAAAAAAAAAAAAACAUUUAAAUGGUCCUGAAACAGGAAUGAAGAUGGCUUAACAGAUUCCAAUGCUAUGUCAGGACAUAAAUAUUUUACUUUCAACUUGAUUACGUGUGUAAAAUACAGCUGAAUAAAAUACAGAUGGAUGUUUCAUAUUAAUUACAUUCUUGUUACUAGUGUGGCAAAUUUUUCUGAAGAUGAAAGCAGUCUGAAGCUUGAUUUUUUGUUCUAUUUAGAAUAUCCUGAUUUAAGAUACAGUAAAUACAUUUGUUUUAAUGGACUAUAAGUGUAUGUUGUUGCUUUGUGUAUUUUUUAAAUUUUUAAUCCUCUGAAAUAUGUUUAAUUUGCACAUUGGUUUAAAAAACAAAUCACUAGGUAAUGCUGCAUUUGGUAAACAGAUAUCUUAAAACUAUUUUUUAGAUUAUAGUUCUGAUUACAAUUAAUUUUUUGCAGCUUUUGUAAAUCCAGCAUUUUAGUAUUUAUGUUUGCUAUUUUUUUUUUUUUAACAAGCUCUGUACAGUGCCAUGUUUUGCAGUUAAUGAAACUAGUACUUAGUGUUUUAUUGUGUUUGGAGGUGUUUGUACCACUUCAGUUAUGGAGAUAUAUUUUAUUGUUUUAAUAUUACUUGAAUUAGAUUUAAAAAGUUUAUUUAAUGAAACAAGAAGGGUCUUUAUGAUGUGGAAGUCUUGUGCCUUUUAUGUGUUUGCCUUGUUAGGUGUUGAAUGUGUGAAAUGCAGUACAGUACUGUGUACAUCUCUAUUGAAUUAUAAUACGCUUUCUGUAUUUACUAUAACUAGAUUGUAUGUGCACUUUUAAUACCUUCCCACUACUGAGAGAAGCUUGAGGUCAGCAGUAUUCUAAAAAGAUGUAUCUCAUUAAAUGCCAGACAUUUUUGAUCAAUAUAUUUCACGUUGCAUUGACUAUAUUUUUUUUAAAUUUAAAGGGACCUUGCUUGUGUUUCUAUUGACAUAAAUAUUGCUCUUGUAAAUUGUAUGAAGAUGUCUGUGAGUGUUGUCUUACUUUGUGAUUUGCCUUUAAAGCGCAUAAUAUAUCUGAUGUUGAGGAGAUAUACAUAUUUGGUUCUUAACAAUUAUGAAUGGUUCAAAAUGCAUUAUUAACACUUUUGUAAAAAAUUCUAUGCAAUUUUGUGGCAUGAUGUUUCUUCCACUUGUAAUUUUAUGUGCUUUCAUCAUUAUUCCAAAAGAAAAUAAUAAUAAAAAAAAAAUUAAAAAAACUUAACACACAAUGUUAUCUGUUUUGAGUGAACAAAAGACACAUGAUGAAUACUAGACGGGCAUAGGCCUCAGUCUUGCUAUUGUGAGCAUUAUAUAUUAUAUAUAGUUAUAUAUAGGGCAGCAGUGUGGAGUAGUGGUUAGGGCUCUGGACUCUUGACCGGAGGGUCGUGGGUUCAGUCCCAGGUGGGGAGACUGCUGCUGUACCCUUGAGCAAGGUACUUUACCUAGAUUGCUCCAGUAACAACCCAACUGUAUAAAUGGGUAAUUGUAUGUGAAAAUAAUGUGAUAUCUUGUAACAAUUGUAAGUCGCCCUGGAUAAGGGCGUCUGCUAAGAAAUAAAAAAAAUAAUAAUAAUAUACAUUAUAUAUAGUUGUAUUGAUUUUUUCACAUGUCCUGGGUAAUGUCCCUAUUUGUCUCAAUGACCCCACCAAUGACAUUGCUCUGUUUUUAGAACAUAAAGACUGCACCACAAUUGUGGAGUGGGCACUUGACACAUGUCAUAUGAAAUAAAAUCUGUAAAACUAUUGAACGCCAAUCACGCUAAUUAAAAUAAUUGCAAACUUCAUAAAAAUGUACAGAAUUUACGGUUAAACAGUCAUUUGAAGCUACUCGUAAAAUAGCAACGUUAGUAAUAUACUAUGCACCCCCUGCCAUUGCUGUAAAUACAUGAAAAAGUAACUCACCAUGACUAACAUCGACAGUCUGUGUUUAGAAAGAGGUUCCUUCAUAUAUCUCAUGAUGUAUUCUGAUACUCUCAAUAACUUGUAGUAAAGAUGUUUUAGCAAGUUUCAUCAUUUUAUAAUCUGUUCUCUAGCUAUGCUGAGCUGUGUGUACACAGUGUAACAUAUACAUCAUGAUAUUCAAAAUAGGUCACAUCCUAUCAUUUACUAACAUUUAAAAACAAAAGGGACUCACAAACUGUUUGAGAUUUUGACCCUUUUUAUGUCAAUUUAAUAGACAUCCUAGUGCUGAUCAUUGUUUGCAAAGGUAUGUGUUUUGUCAAAAAAAAACUUCACUUUUAGUGUGUAUUUAUGGGUUGUAAAUAUCUGAAUACCGUGCCGAAUACUACUUAGUCACUUAGUUCUACCCUAAAAUGAAGUGAUACGGAACUAAUCUGAUUCCAAAGGGUCAUAAAUAUUUGCCAGCACAAGAAUACUCCUUUGGGAAUUCAAAUGGGACCUAAAUGAGCCAAGUAAGUCUGAGUUAAUUGGACCUACCGAACCGUUCAAGGAAUUGAACAAUAAUACGGUAAUAUUCCUUUCUGAAAGAAAUAGUAAGAAUGAUGUAAUCUCUCAUUAAUUAUUAGUAUUAUUAUUUAUUUCUUAGCAGACGCCCUUAUCUAGGGUGACUUACAAUUG